AUGGCAGCUGAAGUUCGAAUGAUACUUUAUGAAGAUGAUUCCGUGCAAGUACAGUAUGUUGAUGGUUCCAGAUUGCAACUUUCUCCCUGUGGCUCUGAAUUUAUAUUUGAAAAGGCACCUCCUGUUUUAGCCCAUCCUUUACAACAACCAGAAAGAAUUCGUCAAAGGACUCAGUUUGUUAUUAGCACUUACCGAGACCAACUACAACGAGCCCUAGAUUUUCGAAACUCUUCUGCCUCUUACCCUUUUCUAUCUGAAAGAAUCAUACUUUCUGAGAGAAGAAAGCGAGUCUUCAUUGACAUUUCGGAAGUGAGAUGGCCCUGUCUAGAGAUCGAUGAUACCAUGAUAUAUCUGGAUAAUGGCACCGUGAAGAUAGCAUCUUUAGAUGGGUAUGCAUACCUUUGCCUACCCAAAGCUCGGCAUGAAUUUACAGUACAUUAUUUGUGUAAAGUUAGCCAGAAGCUAGAUUCAUCUAUAGUAUCGUCAGAAAAAAAGGAUCAAGCUCAGAGAGGCAAACAAGUUGAGAAAACAGACAAAAACUGUACUUUUGGAAGUUUAUCAGGACAGAAACCAAAUAAUAAAGAAAUUCAACUUUGUUGUCCUAUCAUGAAAUCCAAAGAACCUUCAGAGAAGAAGAGUUGUGAAAGUGGAAUGAAAGAGGAGCUGCCUUUGCUUGGUACGAAACACACUAGUGAAUAUGCAUGGGUACAUCAGUGUUGGUCUGUGGCCUCAUGUCCAGAGGAAUGGAAAUAUCCUUUGUCGUUAGCACUUAAUUUUCAUAAUAAAAUCAGAGAACGGUCUAAAAUUGAUGCAGAUAUCACCCAAGAUAGAAUUGUGACUCCUGGUGUUUCAGAGGAAAGAGGAGAAGAGGUUUCUGUUCUUCCCAGGGCCCUGCCACUCAACUGUCCUGUCCCACACCUGCACAGGUGGAAUUUCUGUGAUUCAUCUUUACACGGUCAGUUUGAUGAAGAAUAUUCCUAUUCUGAACUAGUGAAAGUGGUUUGGUACAAAGGUAUUACGUAUAGACUUACCCAUAGAAAUGUGAACUCAAUAGAGAUUUAUCCUGGAGAUGGAUCUAUUUUCAAAUCAGAAGGAGUUUAUUUUGGGAACUAUUUUACAUAUUAUCCCAUCCAAGAAGGAUCAGAAGAGAGGAAAGAGAAGACCUAUUCAAUCAAUAACCUUCCUCCAGAUAGACCAGGAAGUCCAUUCUCUAUUUGUUCUCUACUUAAAGAAGCUACAAAAAUUCUUCAACAUUGUGCCAACAUAAGACUUUCUUUAAGCCAUAACUAUCGUAUAUGCUGCUGGAAAAUGAUACCGAGGAUAAAUGAGAGCAAUAUGCUGCCUUUGCUUUUGAGAGAAUCGUUCAUACCCAGCAUAGGAAGGUUUCUCGCAUACUCAGAUAAUAAAGUGCAUGCUGUGUUUUUAGAUGGCAUUACCCUAACCUUAAAUUGGAAUUGCAGCGUUUUCACUGAACAGAGACAGGUAAAUCAAAGUGUCAACUUAGGUUGGUGUAAAUUAACUUUUCCUGAUGGACAAGAUAAGCUAAUUCAAAUUGAACACCCUGGUCUAUAUGAAAGGUAUGUGACAACGGUAAUGUCAUGGUGCAGAAAACUGACCCAGACUAGUCUGAGAGAGAUGUCCACACUUCCUUCAUGUUCUAGUCCUGAACAAAAUUGGUCUGUUGCUUCUGAACUUGAAAAGAUACAGAAGUUUAACUUGUUACUGGAAAAUAGUGGUAUCCUAAGCCAGACUUAUAAUAAGAAAAAUCAGCAGUCUUCUGAUCAUUGCAAACCUAAAUCUUCUGAAGCCUUGCUAGAAGUUAAUGAAAAGAAAGUAUUGAUAGCAUUGGAAAAAACCUCUGAAAUUCUUCAGGAUAUUGACACGCUCCUGUCAAAGUCUAAAAAGUGA